AGUAAAAAGAAGACGACGUUUAGAUUGGAAGAUAUUUAAAUUCAAUGUUUGUUUAAAGUAAAUGAAAAUCCACUAUUGAAUAUUUAAUAAUUGACUAAAUAUACACACCAAUAUGGCUGCAAAAAAAGGGAAAGAUUUGGCGUUGUCAAUGUUGCGAGUCUUACCUAGGGUGACGUUAAUGAAUAUUCGAGAUAAUCCUGGCCGAAAAGAAUCUAAACGUGGUAGAGGACAACAUGGAGGUAAUUAUCAUGGUUGGGGAAACAAGAGGCCAACUUUCAUGCGUUUGGGUUUUGAGACUGGAAAUGUACCGUUUUAUUUGAGAUUUAGCAAAGAACCUUACUAUAAGGGCCACCAUUUGAGACGGGAAUAUCCGCCACUUUCUUUGGGAGAUCUGCAAUUAUAUAUUGAUACAAAUCGGCUGGAUUCUACCAAACCAAUUGAUCUUGUUUCAGUAAUAAACACUGGCUUGUAUGAUCUUAAUAUACAGUGGAAACAUUCGGGUAUUCACUUAACAGACGAGGGUGCACAUACUUUCAAAGCAAAAGUAAAUAUAGAGGUACAAUGGGCCAGUGAGCCUGUAAUUGCAGCAGUUGAGAGAAAUGGUGGUGUGAUUACAACUGCUUAUUAUGACAUACAAUCCCUUCAUGCUAUGUGUAAUACAGAAAAAUUUUUCAGCAAAGGUGAUCCGAUACCUCGUAGAUUUUUACCACCAACAGACUGUCUCGAAUAUUAUUCAAGUCCUGUUAUGAGAGGAUACUUAGCAGAUCCCGAAAAAGUUUCUCAAGAACGUUUGGUACUCGCGCAGAAAUAUGGUUAUGAAUUAUCGAAAAUCGAAGAUGAUCCCGAUUACGAGAUGCUGUGCGAACGCAAGGAUCCGCGGCAAUUGUUCUAUGGUUUGGAACCAGGAUGGGUGGUUAGCCUUAGAGAUAAAGUUAUAUUGAAACCUAAAGCUGAAUAUUUGAAAGAAUUUUAUGCUAGUUGAAAAAUUGUAUAAAGUUAACAUAAUUGAUAUAAUUAAACUAGGUUUAAUAAAUGAUGUUUGCGUUACAAUGUGAUUAAA